AUGACUGGUAAUAAUUUAAUAUCAGAUUCCGAUGAGAGUUCUGAUGAAUUGAAGGAUUCUACUGAAGAUUUAGAAGAUAUUUCAAGAGAUUAUCUUAGACUUUCAGUUGUUUUCAGUUUCCUAACCAAUAAACCACUUCAAAUUCAAUUGGUUGAACCGAUAAGAUCAUAUGAAGUGUCACUUCUUAAAUUAGUUACUAAAGUAACCGAUGGUACAAGGACUGAAGUUGAUCGUAACACCAUAAAGUUAAUGCCUGGAAGAUUCAUUGGUGGUGAUUUCACGUUCCAAUGCGAUAACUCUAUCCCAUUAACUUAUUAUUUAGAACCUCUUGUAUUACUCUUUCCAUUCUCCUCUAACACUACCACCAUCACAUUAUCGCACUCCAUCAACAACACAAAUAGUAAUUCCACUGAGACUAACAAUUCCAAUAGAAGUCCAGCUCAUGUUGAGGAUUUGAAUGAGUAUUAUAGUAGUUUGGAAUGUUUCAGCUCAGUGUGUACAAUAAUACUACAGAUGAUAGGAAGUGAAGUGGUAUUUAGAUAUAAAGAGCCGUAUGAAGUGUAUUUUAGUUGCGGCCCUGUGAAGAAAGUUGAGCCUAUAAUUCUAUGGAAAUCGCCGAAAAUAAAGCGCAUUAGAGGUACGGUAGUGGCUAGAAACCUCCAGCCCUCACUGGGUAAAAACGCAAUUAUAGCUGCUAAAAGAGUUUUAGAUCAGGUUUGUGAUAACACCUGGAUAGCUUUAAAUACACCGCCUGGUAAAUAUAAACCUACUCUCAUUAUCUCACUCAUAGCUGAAGGUACUAAAAACUGUAUUUUCACCUCCAAUACAUUAUCUAAUCCUUUGGAUAUUAGUAGUACUACUGGUAGUAGUAAGAAUACUGGUACUGUCACUAGUAAUAAUACUAGUAAUAUGAAUAUGAAUAGUGAUAAUAGUGGUGGUGGUGAUAAUGUUGAGAAGAAGGUUGGAAUGGGUAGAAGUUUACUUAAGAUUUUAAAUCUGGCUAAAAACACUAAUAACACUGAUGGUGACAAAAACACUGAAUGUGAUAAUAAACCCCUAGACCUGGACCUUGAUUCUGUGAAUCAAACCCGUCAACCUAACUCAGAAACCCUAAAACAAAACCCUGAUGUGGUACAAAUGGUAGAGGUAGAGGAAAUGGAUGUGGAUGGAAAGCAUUAUGGAAUAAUUGGAGAAUGCGAGAGGGUUGGAGAGAAAUGCGCAUAUCGUUUGUGUUCAGAAAUAGCACUUGAUUCAGUGAUUGACACCACACAUCAGCACUUGCUUCUAUAUUUCAUGGCACUUUCAGGCGAUCAUCAAGUUAGUCAAAUUAGGCUUGCAAAGCUUAAUCGGUAUUCGGUACAUCUAUUAAGACUUAUAAAAAUACAUUUGGGCAUCAUUUUUAAAUUUCAAGAAAUUCAAACUGAGUCUGGACACAACGUGUUAUUGGUCAAGUGUGUUGGAUCAAAUUAUCAAAAUAUUAAUCUUAAAUCCUUUUAA